ACGGGCCGCCGCCGCCGCCAGCACGCCGCGAGCGGGGAGGACCGCGCCCAAGCGGCCUGCGUGGGCGGCCCUGCGGCCCCGGACCGCCGCGCUGAGGCGGUCCCAAGGGAGCAGCAGCUGCGGCGGCAGCAGCAUGCGGGGUGGCCCGGAGUAGCGCGCCGAGCCCGCGAGGCCCCGCGCGGAGGAGGGGGCAGGCGCGGCGGAGGCGGGGCCCGCGUCGGGCCCGCCCGCCCGCCGGGGGAGCCGCCGGCAGUGGUCGAGGAGGCGGCGCGGCGGACGGCGGCCCGAGAGUAGCGCCCGCGCUGCGGCCCGCGGGACCGCGCCGCGACCGCCCGGGCCGGCCCCGAGGAGCGCCCGCCGCUGCCGCCGCCGCCGCGUGCGGACCGAGGAGAUGUGGGACAUGUGGAUUUGGGAUAUGAAUUCAUUUAAAAAACCACUUUGGGGUUAUGAACGUGAUUUCUGAUGAAACUGGAUUGGAAUAAUUUUCAUGAUCUUUGUAUAUUUAUAUAUAUAUAUUUAUUUUAAAAUUUUGCAUUUGACUUAAAGUGCCAUGAGAAAAUUUGCAUAUUGCAAGGUGGUCCUAGCCACCUCCUUGAUUUGGGUACUCUUGGAUAUGUUCCUGCUGCUUUACUUCAGUGAAUGCAACAAAUGUGAUGAAAAAAAAGAGAGAGGACUUCCUGCUGGGGAUGUUCUAGAGCCAGUACAAAAGCCUCAUGAAGGUCCUGGAGAAAUGGGGAAACCAGUCGUCAUUCCUAAAGAGGAUCAAGAAAAGAUGAAAGAGAUGUUUAAAAUCAAUCAGUUCAAUUUAAUGGCAAGUGAGAUGAUUGCACUCAACAGAUCUUUACCAGAUGUUAGGUUAGAAGGGUGUAAAACAAAGGUGUAUCCAGAUAAUCUUCCUACAAGAAGUGUGGUGAUUGUUUUCCAUAAUGAGGCUUGGAGCACACUUCUGCGAACUGUCCAUAGUGUCAUUAAUCGCUCACCAAGACACAUGCUAGAAGAAAUUGUUCUAGUAGAUGAUGCCAGUGAAAGAGACUUUUUGAAAAGACCUCUAGAGAGUUAUGUGAAAAAAUUAAAAGUACCAAUUCACGUAAUUCGAAUGGAGCAACGUUCUGGAUUGAUCAGAGCUAGGUUAAAAGGAGCUGCAGUGUCUAAAGGCCAAGUGAUCACCUUUUUAGAUGCUCACUGUGAAUGUACAGUGGGGUGGCUGGAGCCUCUCUUAGCCAGGAUCAAACAUGACAGGAAGACAGUGGUCUGUCCUAUCAUUGAUGUGAUCAGUGAUGAUACUUUUGAGUACAUGGCAGGUUCUGACAUGACCUAUGGUGGAUUCAACUGGAAGCUCAAUUUUCGCUGGUAUCCUGUUCCCCAAAGAGAAAUGGACAGAAGGAAAGGUGAUCGAACUCUUCCUGUGAGAACACCUACAAUGGCAGGAGGCCUUUUUUCAAUAGACAGAGAUUACUUUCAGGAAAUUGGAACAUAUGAUGCUGGAAUGGAUAUUUGGGGAGGAGAAAACCUAGAAAUUUCCUUUAGGAUUUGGCAGUGUGGAGGAACUUUGGAGAUUGUUACUUGCUCACAUGUUGGACAUGUGUUUCGGAAAGCUACACCCUACACGUUUCCAGGAGGCACAGGGCAGAUUAUCAAUAAAAAUAACAGACGACUUGCAGAAGUGUGGAUGGAUGAAUUCAAGAAUUUCUUCUAUAUAAUUUCUCCAGGUGUUACAAAGGUAGAUUAUGGAGAUAUAUCAUCAAGACUUGGUCUAAGACACAAACUUCAAUGCAGACCUUUCUCUUGGUACCUAGAGAAUAUCUAUCCCGAUUCUCAGAUUCCACGUCACUAUUUCUCUUUGGGAGAGAUACGAAAUGUGGAAACAAAUCAGUGUCUAGAUAACAUGGCUAGAAAAGAGAACGAAAAAGUUGGAAUUUUUAACUGUCACGGUAUGGGAGGUAAUCAGGUUUUCUCUUACACUGCCAACAAAGAAAUUAGAACAGAUGACCUUUGCUUGGAUGUCUCCAAACUUAAUGGCCCAGUCACAAUGCUCAAAUGCCACCACCUAAAAGGCAACCAGCUUUGGGAGUAUGAUCCGGUGAAAUUAACCCUGCAGCAUGUGAACAGUAAUCAGUGCCUGGAUAAAGCCACAGAAGAGGACAGCCAGGUGCCCAGCAUUAGAGACUGCAAUGGAAGCCGGUCCCAGCAGUGGCUUCUUCGAAAUGUAACCCUUCCAGAAAUAUUCUGAGACCAAAUUUACAAAAAAAGAAAAAAAUAAGGAUUGACUGGGCUACCUCAGCAUACAUUUCUGCCACAUUCUUAAGUAGCAAAAAAGGAAAAGUGCUUUCCUCCUGCAGGAUGUAAGGUUUAUCAGCCAUUAAAACUUAAACUGCUCUCUCUUUCACUAGCUGUGAACCGGCCUUCCUGUCCAAGGACGUGAAACUACGUUAGUAGCGAGAUUGUGCACACUGAUGUUUACAAGAUUAAGAGUCUUUCAUCAAGAAUCAUUGUAAAGAAUAUUCAGACUGAAGCAAUCUACAAAAUGUGCUUUCCAGAGAGCUGCACCUUUUAUGGUUUGCUUGCACAUCAGUCAUUUCUACUGAAUGUGCUGUUAUAAUGAAGAGAUGUCCAAGAUUUUUUUUCUGAUUAGAACUGGUAGCCAGUAUAUUAAAUAUUGAUAUAAAAAUAAAUGAAAAAGAACUGGAACCAGAUUCAGAAUCAUGAAAACAUUUUUACAAUUAAAAAGACUAUAUUAAACAGGGUUUAAAGGAAAUUAAAACAGAACUAUGAGAAGUACAAUUUGUUAUAGUAUAGUAUCAGAUUUCUAUAUAGAUUUUAUACCUCAGUGGGGGAAAAUAACUGAUUCCAAUGACAUUUCAUUCUGUUUUCAUCUGUGAUAGUCAUGGAUGCUUUUUUUUUCCUUGGGGUGCUGAAAUUGAGCUGAAAAAGUGGCUCCUUGAACGUAGUUUUAAUUGCUUUCUACAGUUGUUUUUUUAAUUUGGUUUGUGGGCUGUUGGAAUUGUAAUUUUUAAUUGCCUUCAAAAAAUGGAGAUUUAAAAUAAUGUCUGGUUUCACUGAACAAGUUUGAUAUCUCAGUUGCUCUUGGGUCAACUGGCUUAUAGACUUUCUCUCACACACAAAUUUCUUAUUAGAUUUUCAACUUCCUAACUUGAUUCAACUGACUAUGUUUAAUACCCAAGAUUCAUACUACUGUACUACAGAUUUGUUUUCACAGCAAUAAAUCUUCUGUUCUUUGUU